UAAACUGGUUUAAAGUUUGCCAACACUAACGGUGGCGUUCAAAUUUUUUUGGCUUGUUUGUUUACAUGGUUGGUUGAUAUUAAUAGUAAAUAGCAAGUGGCUUAGCAAGUCCGUGGAACACAGCUAACUAUGUUAUCCAAUCGGGCCUUUGGAGAAACAAUUGAGGAUUAUGAAGUACAGCACUUGCUGGGCAAAGGCGGUUUUGCGAGUGUCUACAAGGCGAGAUGCCUGCACACUCACCAGGAUGUGGCCAUUAAGAUGAUCGAUAAGAAACUGAUCCAAGGCACAGGACUCACCAACCGCGUUCGCCAGGAGGUGGAAAUCCACUCUCGGCUGAAACACCCAUCUGUACUUCAGCUGUACACCUUCUUCCAGGACUCCAACUAUGUUUACUUGGUGCUGGAACUAGCCCACAAUGGCGAGCUUCAUCGCUACAUGAACCAUAUUGCUAGACCCUUUACAGAGACGGAAGCCGCCUCCAUCCUGAAGCAGGUGGUGGAGGGACUUUUGUACCUGCACUCGCACAACAUCAUGCACCGCGAUAUCUCGCUAUCCAACUUGCUGCUCAGCAAGGAAAUGCACGUCAAGAUCGCCGACUUCGGACUGGCCACCCAAUUAAAGCGACCGGAUGAGCGGCAUAUGACCAUGUGUGGGACACCCAACUAUAUUUCGCCCGAGGUGGUUUCACGAGUGUCGCACGGACUCCCAGCCGAUGUCUGGAGCGUUGGCUGCAUGCUGUACACCCUGCUGGUGGGACGACCGCCCUUCGAAACCGAUGCCGUACAGUCCACCCUUAACAAAGUGGUCAUGUCCGAGUACCUAAUGCCGGCUCAUUUGUCCUAUGAGGCUCAGGACUUAAUAAACAAGUUGCUGAAGAAGCUUCCUCACGAACGAAUCACCCUGGGCGCAGUCCUAUGCCAUCCGUUUAUGCUGAAGAGAUUGGAUAAUAGCUCGAAUGUAGGACACUCGACACCGGGGGCGUUGAAUGUGUUCAGCCAGAGCCUGGAAAGCGGCGAUAGUGGAAUCAUAACGUUCGCUAGCAGUGACUCCAGAAACUCGCAACGAAUUCGGUCUGUGGAAAACUCGGGAGCGCAUCAAGUGCUUCCCCAAAUAGAGGAAGAAUUCAUGCAGGAUCAUCAUCGGUUGCCUUAUGAGCAGCCAGGCUUAUUUCGGCAGACAUCAACAGGGUUAGCAGAACAAAAUUGGCCAGGAACAUGCAAGAUGCCGCCUAUCCGCAUGGACAUUGAUAUGGUACCAAAUUCCAGACCUGUGCUUCUUAAGGAAGAGCGAAUUUCCGUGCCACCAUUGAGCAGCAAAAGAUUGCUACCGACGCGUUAUAAGACAAAGAAUGCUAUAAUGAGUAUUUUACGCAAUGGUGAGGUGGUCCUGGAGUUUAUAAAAUUUCGGCCAAAGCUAAAUGAAGACCGCAUAUGUGAUAUUUGCCGCAUAUCGGACGACGGUCAGCGUAUCAUAAUAUAUCAGCCAGAUCCUGGGCGUGGCUUACCAGUAAAAGAGCAGCCACCAGAUCUUCAAAUACCCAGUGGAGAUUGCGUCUAUAAUUACGACAAUUUGCCCAGCAAACACUGGAAAAAAUAUGUAUACGGAGCACGGUUUGUGGGGCUGGUAAAGAGCAAGACGCCGAAAGUAACAUAUUUCAGUGCCCUUGGCAAAUGCCAAUUGAUGGAAACCAUGACAGACUUCGAAAUUUGCUUCUAUUCGGGGGCUAAGCUUUUAAAGUCGGCCUCCGAGGGUCUAAAGGUGUACGAUGCGAAUGGAAUGCUGCUCUCAGAUCUUUCUUGCCCGGAGCCACGAUCCUUAAUAGAGCAUGGAAACGAGUGUUUUACCCACUGUGUCAACAUCAGCAAUGCCUUGGAGGUUGCUCAGACGAAAGACAAUACGUGUUUUCCAGUCACAAUUGGACGAAGGCCAAUAACAGAUGUACAGCCAGCUCAGAGAUUAGAUGGCUUGAGGGAUACCACUAACAUUGCGUUUUCCACACCGAAGUCAAACCAGGGCUCAAUUAAUUUUUCUGUAAGCACUAUUUCGUCGACUCGAAAUACCACUGAUUUCGGAAACAACUGCUCCAGGUCAAACAUGUUAGCCGCCCAUCAAAACAUUCCCAUCAAACGCAUCAAUGUUCCUGAUAUUGGAAUCGCUACUGAGCUCUCCCAUGGAGUUGUCCAAGUGCAAUUUUAUGAUGGAUCCGUAGUCUCUGUUAUACCGCAUACACAAGGCGGAGGUAUAACCUACACACAACCCAACGGAACUUCAACCCACUUCGGCAAAGACGACGACUUGCCAUUCGCGGUCAGAGAUAGAAUCAGUCAGAUGCCAAAUAUUCAGCUGAAGUUAAAGACCGCUCCAUUGCUGGGCGGCGGCAGGAAGAUUGACUACAGUAAUGUAAUGACACCUAAAACGACAACGCCUUGCUAUAAUCGCAUGCUUUUAUAAAUCAAUCAAAAAAUCUCCUCAUUUAGUUUUAAAGUUUGAUCGAAUAUAUUUUAUAUUGUAAAUUAAAGGUAAAUAUAUUUUAAAGUUUUCCCUGUGCUUAUUAUAAUAUUAGCUCGAAAAGUUUAAUUCAAAAUUGAAAUUUGCCACAAUUAAAUGUAAUUAUUUUUAUCAUUUAUAAAUAUAUAAGACGCGUUUAUUUAUGCAGUUUAUUAUCUGGUAAGUUCUAAGAAAAUCCUUUAAGUGGGGAAAAAGUGUUUGCUUUUUGAAGUCAACUUCUGUUAUUUCAGAGCUCAUUUUUUUCUUCCAAAAAAGAACUAGAUUACAGGUUGGCUUAUUUUAAAAUGAAAUCCCAUUAUGCUACCAAAUCCACCCGGUUUAUUUCAGAAUGCGCUUAACUUUGAUUUUCCUCAAAUAUUUUAUUAUAUGUUAAAAAGAUUACGUGUAAACACUCUUAUGUUAUCCUACCUUUUUGUAUAACUGUGAGGUUAGAAAACUGUAGUAUAAAAUAUAUUAUUAAUAUUACGUACGUGUUUAUAUUAAAUACAAGAUAAAUAUAUUUAUACUUAGCCAAUCUGCUGCUACCGCAUUUACAAAAUACUACGGCAGGAUUCGUAUUGCUUUCAAUUUGUAUAUGCAAUAUAGAAAUAUACACAUGUAAAAGUAGUUUCUUGUACAGAUUAGAAAGAUAAUCAUUCACGGAUGGAUUACACUAUAUAAUGAUAAGUUUUGAUUAACUAACGUAUUCGUAUUUUAAUAAAAUGCA